CCUAUAAAUAAGGGUGAAGGUCUUUGCUUAAGAACUCGCCCCAGACAGAACUCAAAUUCCAGUUUAGUCUUUUCAAUCUAUUAAACAAAAUGUCUUGCUGUGGUGGAAAUUGUGGCUGUGGCUCUGCCUCUGCCUGCAAGUGCGGCGGUAGCUGCAACGGAUGCGGCAAGUACCCUGACUUGGGUUUCUCAGAGAAGACAACCACCGAGACCAUUAUUGUUGGUGUUGCUUCUGUGAAGAUGCACUUGGAGGGAUCUGAAAUGAGCUUUGGAGCCGAGAAUGGUGGCUGCAGUUGUGCAAAUAACGCCUGCAAAUGUGGAAAUAGCUGCAGCUGCAACCCAUGCACAUGUUAAUGAUAAAACAUUGACAUGACCGAAAGAAACCAAAAGCAUGCAGCAAUGGUCUAUUUUUAAUAAGAAGAAAUAUAAUAAGUUUACUACAAAUAAGAGAGCUUUGUCUACUUCAAGUGCUUUCCUGGAUUAGUUGUAGCUACCUGGCCCUUCUCUGUAACCACUACUUUCUUAUCUUAUCCAUGUAUGUCCGGAAGAUUAAUAUAUCUCUUUCUAUCAUUUAA